UUGGAGACAUCCGAGCUAUCUUUACAUCUCUUGCUUACUAAUCUGGUAUUCCAUCUGGUGUCUGUGGACAGACCAUAAAGAAAGAAUAACUAAGGAGCAAUAACAAUGGAAAAUCUCAUCACAGGGUGUUAGCUAUUAGGACACAGUGUGGUGGCAAAUCUUCAUCUUUGAAAAUCUCAUCCGUUGCUGGCUGGACUGAUCUUCUCCAUGGCCAAGUGAGACUUUUCCACUGUGCUUGUUGGAAGGCUAGCAUCUCAACUUUUUCUCCAUGCUGACAUCUUGGUGUUCUUCUGAUUUGUUCCUUGGCUCACCCACAUUUUCCAUUUCCACAUACUGCCGGGUGUUGCACCACAGACGUUCCAAUGAAGGCAUUUCAAUUGCCAAUUUUCCCAGCUUGUCACACCAGACAGUGUGAGAACUGCACAUUUCAGCAACAUUUUUCAUGUGUUCAUGAUUUCAUCCAACCUAGGUUGGGAACAAACAUUGGCUACCAGAGCUAUCAUCAUCAUGGGCCUUGGGGAUGUCAAAGAUCACAGCUGUCACCCAAAAAAGCAAGAUGCUUAGAACCAUGGAAGAUUGCACUCAUUGUUUUGGCCAUUGUUUUUGUAGCAGCGAUCAUCGGCUUCCUAUUAUUUUUUUUGCAAAAUGAUCAAAGGAUGUUCUACUACAAUGGCAACUUCAAAGUCGGUGGUGUCCAAUACAAUAAUGCUUUAGCAAGACAGUCCUCAGAUGACUUCAGAGAUGUAGGAAUUUGGAUUGAAAAACUGAUGCACGAAACAUUUCACAAUUCUGUAUUAAGGCAUAAAUACAGAGGCUCACGGCUUGUCAGGGUGAGCCCAGACACAGGUGGAGUGAUUGCACAAGUCGUGCUCAUGUUCCUCUUCUCCUCAAGUGAUGAUAAAAUGGUGCAUCGGUCAACAAUCAACAGGGUUUUACGGCAGAGGUUGAAAAUGUAUCCUGGGUCUACUCGAAUUGACCUCUCCACUUCCUCCCUCUCAGCUUCGGUGGUCUUGGGGUUAACGUUAGACUCUCGGCAGCUAACAGUGCUGGAAGACUUCAUCAUCCAUGCUGAGACUGCCCUGACAGGAGUAGCUCAGGACUUCAUGGCCUCCAUGACAACCACAGAUAUAAAGCAACAAACAGCUGAAACUAUCCUCAAUGGCUUCUGUGGGCUUCGAUACAACAAAUCAGUAGGCACAUCAAGAAUAACUGGAGGACAAGCUACUUCAAGGUCUGGAGAAUGGCCGUGGCAAGUCAGUCUCCAGCGAGCUACUCUCCAUCGUUGUGGUGCGACACUGAUCAGUAACACAUGGCUUCUGUCAGCAGCUCACUGUUUUAGAGAGGCAAGAGAUCCACGUAAAUGGACUGUGACAUUUGGAACCUAUUUAAAGCCUCCUCUAAUGAUACGGCGUGUCAAGAGCAUAAUUGUUCAUGAAAAGUACAAAUACCCUGCCCAUGAAUAUGAUAUUGCUGUUUUGCAGCUAGCUAGACGUGUGGAGUUUACAACAGCUGUUCAUCAGGUUUGCCUUCCAGAUGCAAGUGAUGUUUUCCCAUACAAUAUAGAUGCCGUUAUUACAGGAUGGGGAGCAGUUAGUAAUGAUGGUAAAACCCCCAACAUUCUUCAGGAAGCAACUGUAAAAUUGAUAGACUCGGACACUUGCAAUCGGAAAGAAGUGUACAGUGGGGCUAUAACUCCUGGAAUGCUGUGUGCCGGGUACCUGGAAGGAGGAGUAGAUUCCUGCCAAGGCGAUUCCGGUGGUCCAUUGGUUGUCCCUGAUAUAAGAAACAUGUGGUAUCUUGCUGGCAUAGUGAGCUGGGGUGAUGAAUGCGGAAAGCCAAAUAAGCCUGGAGUCUACACACGAGUAACGUACUUUCGCGACUGGAUUACUCAACAAACUGGGCUCUGAUGCAAGCGUCUGUUUUACAUUAUAAAUACACGUAGUAUGCAGGUCAUACUGGUCUGUAUCUUGCACAGAAGCACAAUGUGUGCGUAUGUAAGAGAGAGAUUGUGAGAGAGACUGUGUGAGUGAGCA